CCUACCCAACCUGACAUCCCCCCACACGCGCCCUGGUCGCCCUCAUGAAGUGGUCGCCGCGGCCCUUCCAACGACCGGCGAUCCGGACACCCGAGGUGCCCUCGCUCCGGUACCCGGCGGCCCGCCUUCCAGCUUCACGUGCUGCACGGAGCUGCACGAGCUCGUGCGAGCGGCUUGCAACUUCGCGGGCACAGUGGGCGCUGGUGGCAGCUUUGAGUGCGAGGAAUGCGUCCCUUCCGAGCCGGGCCUUGCGACGAACGGCAUCCAGAGCUUCGCAAGAGGCCUCUGGCUGCCCUGUGCUCUUCCUAGAUCCUGUCAGGCCCAGCGUGUCCAGUCGCUUGGCGGAGCGGGAGCGGCCAGCGCGGCCGGUGGAGGUGUCCUUCCGAGGGGAUGAGACCGUGCCGGAGGCUCUCAACCGAGUGCAACCAGAGGUGGUGGUUGUGCGUUCCUCGAAGUUGAAGGACCGUCCGAGUUGAAGGCCGUGGCGUUUCCGAUUCCGCGGGUGCAGUUGAGGUGGUGCUUCCGACUCAGCGUUUGGGCAACAUUGGAGCGGGAAUGGGUCGGUUUUUUGGGAGGACUCUUUUUUCCAAGUGGGUUUGAGAUGUUGGACCAGAACGUCUGUCGUUCAGGGCGCUCGGAACUGCUUCAGGGCGCCCGGUCGAAGAUUGGAUUUGGCCACUCAGAGGCCCGCCGCUCAAAAAUGCAGACCAGCUCGGCAUAUCAAACGUUGAUUUUGUGGGGUGGUCAGUGGUCAAGUCGGCUUGAGGAAGAAACAAGGACCCAAUCAAUCCGUCAAAAUCAGAUCUGUGCGGUCGACCGCUUCUCAGACGCAAACGGAAGGGUAGUGCAUAGAAAGGGUUUUGCAAAAGCCUAUUCUACUAAAAUCGUGGAAGGCGUGGGACAUUCUGACAUUCGUAGAACCCAAGGCUAUUCGUGGACAGUUCGUGGAAUGGUGGGCCAGUAGGAGAACUGACUGCAACGAAAUUCCAGAAACCUUCGCAGAACUUGCAUAUUUUUGAUGCACUAACUAUAAGCGAUUUUUGCUGACCCCCUUUCUCCACACACCCUCCAUUUAGCCUUCAGCUUCGGCUCGACAUGAUGAGCGUCAGCAUGUGCAA